AUGGCGGCUAGGGUUGAGAAACAGGGUAUUGAACGAGGACUGUGGACAAGAUCGAUGGCAGGUCACGUCGCGAGACACGCCGAAAUGGAUGACACUGUCGCGUUGUCGAGCAGUUGCCAUACAACGCCGCGUAGCUUCUCAUGGACACGCACCGCCCGACAUCCGGCUGCGAUGGACGCCCGAUUCGCUCGUAGCCGGAGUGUGACCCGACCAAGAACAUCUACAGAGGAUGGUGAUGAAAAGAAAGAAAUGGCUGCAGCUGCUUUCCGCGAGUGGCUAAAGCGUAAAGCCUCGGAACCCAACACGCCUCGUGCAUCACCUUCUAGGGAACAAAUCUCUCUACACUUAAAGGAAGACGCAAGACAUCGAAUGUAUAAUAACUGGUUACAUAGUCGACGGUUUGUGCAGUCACCACCGACAAACGGUGAUACCACUCCUUCCUCGGAAAAUGCCCAAAGGAUAUCAUGA